CUUUUUUUUUUGCUGUGUGCUUGCUGGUCGUGCUUUCUCCCUCUCCUUCUCUUCUCCCCCUCCUCUUUUCUUACAUCUAAUCUUCUUUACCCGUCACUCACUCACUCGCUCGACGCAGUGGUUAGCAUCACCGAGUACGCCGGACGAACUCUCUUCCAUUCUCUAUUCCUAUUUUCUCUUCUUCUUCUUUUUUUAUUUGUUUCUUUGGAGGUCUUCCCAACUUUCAAGUCCACUCACACUCCCCUUUUUUGACCGUAUCCAACCGCCAAGAUGCCGACCAAGCUGAUGAUGACGUUUGUGGGCAUGGACUUGCUUUUUGCCGGCUGUGGAGGGUUGUUGCUGGGCUUCUCCCUCAUCUCUGAGCAAUCGAUGCGUGCCAGUCCUACUGUCGAUAAUGUCACUAAGAACUUGCUGCUUGGACAGUGUCCCUUGACAGCUGGUGUCGUCAACGCCAUCUUCGUCUUCGUCACCUUCCUCCUCUCCCUCCCCGGCCUCUUCCUGCCCAACAACCGAGGCUGGCUCCGCAUCCAAGGCUGGCUCGUCGUCGUCUGCGCCACCUUUACUCUCGGCCUCGGUGUCGCCAUCUGGGUCGAAACCCUCGAGACGCGUAGGAACCUCAGUGCCCUCUGGGGAGGCGAGUCUCCUCUUAUCCAGUCUCUGUUGCAGCAACGUUUCGACUGCUGCGGCUACGUAAACUCAACCACGCCACCCUUUGUCCAAGACAGCACCUGCCAAAACACGCUCGUCGCCGCGCAAAAGGGCGGCUGCAUCGGCAAAUUCUCAUCCUUUGCAAACAGGUACCUCGAUCAGAUCUUCACGGCUGCCUUUGGUAUCGUUGGUGUCGAUGUCAUUCUUGUCCUGUGCAUUGCCAUGGUGCUCAAGUACCGUAUGGAGCAGGAGCGCUACAGGCACAUUGAUGAGAAGAAUGGGUUUGGUGGGUUGUAAGGUGGAGUAAAGCAUGAUUAGGAAAGAAAGAGAAAGAGAAAGAGGAGGAGUGGGUGGGAGGUGGGAGAGGUGAGGGGAGGGACAUCUUACCAUUCCUUCCUCUUCUUUUUUCCUUUCC